AUGACAAGAGGUAGUGAGAGCAGUGGAGAGGAUUGCGUGGACCUCUCUUCCCUCCCUCCCCAGGACAUCUACUGCACCUGCCUCAUCCGGAAGGUCCUCUGCAUUACAGUGAAGGAGCUUGACAGGAUUCGUACUGAAUUUGUGGAAAGGGUAUCAGUAGAAAUCCUUAAACAGCUCCUUGAUGCUCUGGUAAGCGAUGGUGUCUUCACUGAUUUGGAGAAAGAAUCAAUACUUGAGGAAAACAAAGCCAGAGCAAAUAAGGCUCGUGACUUGACUAGCAAGGUGAAGAAAAAAGGAGACGAAGCCAGCAGGAAAAUGAUCAGAUAUCUCCAGAUCAUGGAUCCCAUGCUCUCGUCUGAGCUGCAUCUGUCCUUGUCAUUUGAUCCACCUGCUAAGCAAGUUGUGACAAUGGGAGUGGCUGGCAUUGGGAAAACAGUCCUAACACAGAAGUUCAUUCUGGAUUGGGCUGAAGACAAAACCAACCAGGACAUCCAGUUCAUAUUUCCAUUCACUUUCAGAGAGCUCAAUGUGCUGAAAGAGGAAGAGUUCAGCUUGUAUCAACCUCCUCUGGACUUCCACAACAUCGAGACCCUGACCGAUGUUAAAGAGUCCACCUCAGUAGAUGUGCUGCUGAUAAACCUCAUCAGGGGCAACCUGCUUCCACCUGCUCGGCUCUGGAUAACCACACGACCUGCAGCAGCCAAUCAAAUCCCUCCUGACUGUGUUGGCAGGGUGACAGAGGUCAGAGGGUUCACUGACCCACAGAAGGAGGAGUACUUCAGGAAGAGAUUCAGAGAUGAGGAGCAGGCCAGCAGGAUCAUCUCUUACAUCAAGCCAUCACGAAUGGAGGAGAUCCAACAGUCCCUGAGAACAGGACGUCUCUCCACAGUUAAAAUGUCUCCUGUUCAGUGGUCAGCUCUGGUCUUUGUCUUACUGUCAUCGGAAAAGGAUCUGGAUGUGUUCGAUCUGAAAAAAUACUCCCAUUCAGAGGAGGCUUUUCUUAUGCUUCUGCCAGUGGUCAAGGCCUCCAGGAAAGUGCUGUAA